UUCACCAAACGAAGGAAACAACAAACCAGUAUUCCUCGAUUGGAUUCCUUCUGUUUCCUUCGCGAAUCAUCACCAACCCCCGGCGCACGUUAGCGACCUCGCUUUCGUUUUGCGGUUGGUAACCGUUUCUCUUUCACCACCGUAACUAUUUAUUUCGAUCUUCCCAACGCUAACAACCUCGCUCUGAUUCUCCUUCACUCCUCCCUCUUUCUCGUGACCGGACGGAGGGUCGCUCAUCGGAUUGCUGCGGUAUUCACUUCAUCCUUCUCCUUUUCAGCUCAGACAGGUAAAAUAUUGUCUAAUGUGGGUGGGGCAUCUUCGUGAAAAUUCUUCCAUGUACAAGCGUGCUCCUUCCAGAGAUUAUUCUACCAUGGAUGAUGUGGAAGAAAACUUAGAUAUUUUGGACAAUGGCUUGGAUAAGGGAACCUCAAAUCCUUCAUGGAAGCUUUCCUUACCUCAUGUACUUGUGGCGACCAUUUCUUCAUUCCUUUUUGGAUACCAUCUCGGAGUUGUUAAUGAACCACUUGAGAGCAUUUCUGUGGAUCUUGGUUUCCAUGGAAAUACAUUGGCAGAAGGUCUGGUGGUGAGCAUAUGUCUUGGUGGUGCCUUGAUUGGAUGUCUACUUAGUGGUUGGAUUGCUGAUGGGGUGGGACGGCGUAGGACUUUCCAGUUGUGUGCUCUGCCAAUGAUAAUUGGUGCUUCUAUGAGUGCGGCUACAAACAACUUGUUUGGCAUGCUUGUGGGAAGGUUGUUUGUUGGAACUGGCUUGGGCCUGGGCCCUCCCAUUGCCUCUCUGUAUGUGACAGAGGUUUCUCCUGCUUUUGUGCGGGGAACCUAUGGAGCUUUCAUUCAGAUUGCAACAUGCCUUGGUCUAAUGGGAGCUUUAUUUAUUGGAAUCCCUGUCAAAGAUAUACCUGGAUGGUGGCGGGUUUGUUUUUGGGUAUCUACCAUUCCAGCUGCUAUACUCGCUGCAGCUAUGGUCUUCUGCGCAGAGAGUCCACAUUGGUUAUACAAGCAAGGAAGAUCUGCUGAAGCAGAAGCUGAGUUUGAGAGACUGCUAGGUGUAUCAGAAGCAAAAUUUGCUAUGUCAGAGUUAUCAAAGCUAGAUAGAGGAGAUGACACUGAUUCUGUGAAGCUGUCAGAGUUGCUACAUGGUCGUCAUUCUAAAGUUGUUUUUAUUGGAUCAACCCUAUUUGCUUUACAACAGCUAUCUGGUAUAAAUGCUGUGUUUUAUUUCUCUUCCACUGUUUUUAAAAGUGCUGGAGUGCCAUCAGACAUUGCAAAUGUCUGCAUAGGAAUCGCUAAUUUGGCAGGAUCUAUCAUUUCAAUGGGUUUGAUGGAUAAACUUGGAAGGAAGGUUCUACUUUUCUGGAGUUUCUUUGGCAUGGCAAUAUCAAUGAUGCUUCAAGCCACAGGAGCAACUUCACUUGUAUCAAACGUGGGAACUCUGUACUUUUCUGUUGGGGGCAUGUUACUGUUUGUCUUCACAUUUGCUCUUGGAGCUGGUCCGGUUCCAGGUCUCCUCCUACCUGAAAUCUUUCCAAGUCGAAUCAGAGCCAAAGCCAUGGCAGUCUGUAUGGCAGUGCAUUGGGUCAUAAAUUUCUUUGUUGGCUUACUGUUCUUGCGUUUGCUGGAGAAACUCGGUCCGCAACUGCUUUACUCUAUGUUUGCUACUUUUUGCAUCAUGGCGGUAAUUUUUGUAAAACGAAAUGUGGUGGAAACCAAAGGGAAGUCACUUCAUGAAAUUGAGAUUGCACUUCUUCCCCAAGAUUAGAGCUUCACUUCAUGAUUUAUGUAAUUUUGCUUAGUUUCCGCUGAGCAGAUUGUUUCAUCUAUUUUGGUUGACUGCCUUAACAAUACAAGGGGAAGCCAAGGCAAGAACUAUGCAUGGAACAUUAGUACGAAGAUUUGAAGUGAAGAGGUUUUAGGUAUUAUGGGUGGCUGUUUUUGUAGUAGAUACAUAGCGGCUUACGACACCCUUCUGAUGUUUUCGUGGAUUGUGAUUCUCUGAUUUCGCAUCCACUUAAAGGAAGACAUACGUAUGACUAGUGUAAUAUUCAUCGAGGGGGAUCAAUGCUCCCUGUUAUAUACACAUAUUCACAGGACUUAAUCAUGUAAUAUUUUGUAUCUGUACGUGACAUUAUUUUUAAUUACUUGAAUUGUGACCCAUUUUGGACAAGGGGAA